CCUAAAUCCUACUCCUAGUCAUGAAUAGGUUCAUUCACGAAUAUUUACAAAUUUUUAUUUCACAUAUAUUUUAAUUUGUAGGUUUAUAAAUUACUUUGUCAGUAGUGCACAAACAUAACUGACGUCUGAUAGUCCUUUACAAUUAAAAUGUUAUGUCUUAUUUCAAACGGGCAUGGAGCGACACUGACGCUUGGAUAUAGUUAUAAACUGUCAUUUUGUAUUAAUUUUGACAUUUUAUUUCGAUUUCAGACUGAGACUUGAGAGUAGUAGAGCACUCAGUGAGUAGUACACUAGUAACAGUAGUCACUAGUCAGUAACUAGUAAGUAAUAACUUGCCAAUUGAAUGGUGUGUAUGUUAUUGUUCUAUUUUAUAGAAUUCCGAUAAUAUAUUUUUAUUAUUGGUACCUAUAAUAAAUAAAUACAGGAACACAUCUAUAAUAUACCUAGUUCUUUCUAUGGUCAAAUCGUACACGUCAUAAUAAUAAGAUUUCAUCAAUAGGUGUACUCCAAGUUGCAGUGCUAGUUCAACAAUAAUAACACAGCAUAAUAUAAUAAUUGUUAUUGAUCACUAAUAUGUCCAAAUCUAAGGAAGACGAGGUCAGAAUCCCGGAUGUGAUUAUUGACACUAAGAACAACAAAAAGUAUCAGAAAUGCAGCUUCCUAGGAAAGGGUGGUUUUGCAAAAUGUUACGAAAUUAUUGAUAUAAAAACCCAGGAGGUAUUUGCAGGAAAAAUUGUGUCUAAAAAAUACCUUUUGAGAAAUAAUCAAAAAGAUAAAAUGACUCAAGAAAUAUUUAUUCACAAGAUUUUGAAAAACAAAAAUAUUGUUUCUUUUCAUAGUUUUUUUGAGGAUAAUGAUUUUGUUUAUAUUAUCUUGGAACUUUGUCGAAAAAGAUCUAUGAUGGAGCUUCAUAAGAGAAGGAAAAUACUUACUGAACCUGAAACUCGUUACUAUGUGUAUCAAAUUCUUGAAGGCACAUUAUAUCUACAUCAACAAAACAUUAUUCAUCGGGAUCUAAAAUUAGGAAAUUUAUUCUUAAACGAUGAAAUGGAGGUUAAAAUAGGGGAUUUGGGUUUAGCUGCUAAAAUUGAAUAUGACGGACAACGUAAAAAAACAUUAUGUGGUACUCCAAACUAUAUUGCUCCAGAGAUUCUUAAAAAAACUGGUCAUAGUUUUGAAGUGGAUGUAUGGUCUAUUGGGUGUAUUAUGUAUACACUGUUAGUUGGAAAACCACCAUUUGAAACAAACUCUUUGAAAGAAACAUAUGCUCGAAUUACGCGAUGUGAUUAUAAUAUACCAUCUCAUUUAAAUAAGAACGCCAGUACUCUUAUUGAAAAAAUGCUUCAAUUUGACCCUAAAAAACGUCCUUUAGUUUCUGAAAUAUUGAAAGCUGAUUUCUUUACUACGGGUUAUAUGCCUAAAAAGUUGCCACCAUCUUGCCUAACCAUGGCUCCUCGUUUUGAUUCUAUUAAAUAUAGAGAAUCGAUUUCUAAUCGUAGACCACUAAUUGAACUGAACAGUCCAAAAAAUAUUGUUGUUAAAACUGCUUCAAAACCUCAAGACCCAGAUUUUAAACCCCUAGUAUUAAAUUUGCCAAGCAGACCUGGAAACGGUGUAUCUGCAAUUGAUUGUAAAGAAUACAUGAUUUCUCUUGAAAAAGAAUUGAGAAAUGUAUUGAAGUGUAAAUCAUCUAAAACUAGAAUGAGAAAUAUGGAAGAAACCACUGAUCCUGUUGCUCAACCUUUAAUUUGGGUUAGUAAAUGGGUAGACUAUUCUGAUAAGUAUGGAUUUGGUUAUGAAUUAUCUGAUGACUGUGUAGGUGUCAUGUUUAAUGAUUUUACUCGAAUUGUACUAUUGGCAAAUUUAAAGGAUGUUCACUACAUAGAAAAAAAUGGCUCUGAACAAUACUAUACUAUUGAUCAUACACCUCCAACACUAGAAAAGAAAAUGAAAUUGUUGAUGUACUUUAGGCGGUACAUGAAUGAUCAUCUUGUUAAAGCUGGAGCAGAUAUAUUAGCUAAAGAUGCAGAUCAGUUAAGUCGUACUCCAUAUUUGUAUCAAUGGUAUAGAUCUACUUCAUCAGUUAUUUUGCAACUCACGAAUGGGACUCUACAAAUAAACUUCACAGAUCAUACAAAAGUCAUAUUGUGUCCACUAAUGAAUGCUGUGACCUUUGUUGAAGAAAAUAUUUUUCGUACAUACCGGUUUAAUACAAUUGCAGAACAUGGCUGUAGUCCUGAAUUUGAAAAGUGCUUAGUAUAUGCUCACAAGAAAAUUAUUUCUAUAUUGAAAGAUAACCAAUAG